AUGAGCUCCACCUUCUCUCCAUCAUCUUACCUGAGCUUCGGCGUGUCUCCCCCUGCUGCUCACCGUGAGGAUCGCAGCGUCUCUCAGCGCUCUCUGUCGGGCCCCGUCCCCUUCCUCCUCUACUCGUCUGGAAUGGACCCUCUGAGGGGCCCCGGGCUCCUGCCCUACCUGGCCCCCUUCCACCACCAUGGACACUUCAGCGUCUACGAGUGUCCCUUUGAGCCGGCGUUCAUCCAGAAGCGUAACGAGCGGGAGCGUCAGAGGGUGAGGUGCGUGAACCAGGGUUACGCCAAACUGAGGGACCACCUGCCGGGUCAGAGCGCCGACAAGCGCCUCAGCAAGGUGGAGACGCUCAGAGCCGCCAUCAGGUACAUCAAAUACCUGCAGGGCCUGGUGGAGCUGGAGGAGGGCGGAGCCAACACCUCGCCUCCUAGACGGGACUGUGGAGGAGAAUCUGACGGAGAACUGAGAACACUGAACUGAGGCGGAGCCACCUGGAGAAACAAACACACCUGUCUGUGAACACGUGUCUCGUUUGCAUGUUAGAAGGAACAUUAGCUGUCACAGUUCACGGCUCCCACAUUCAAACUUUUCCACAACAUCUGACCCCAUCACCAUGACUAACGUGUCGAUGUCCGUCACCACACAGCCGUACGUUAUUAACCCAGCUCUUCUCAGACGUACGG